AUGAAGGAUACCCUCAAAUCUCUCUAUAGAGGGAUGAGAGGGUGUCAUGAUCCUUCUCAGCAAAGUAUUGAAGAGUAUGUUUCGAGCUUUCAUCAAUGGUUAUACUCGAUUCUGAAAAGUUCUGACAAAUUCUCAAAUGAACUCAAGGCAAAAUCAUUUAUUCUCAAUAAUCUUACUUUAUCCACAGAUAUAUGCAAGCGAUUUCCAACUAAAUCACAAGGUAUUUUAGUAAAUAUGAUCGAAAUCCUCCGAAUUCUUUUGCAGCCAGUCGAAUACAAUAACAUCAGAAAUGUCUCAUGGCAAUCUAUAAUUCAAAUUGUCAAUAUAUUUUCAGAAUACGUUCCAUUUCAAGCCUUUGCGUAUUUAUUUCUAACUGCAUUUUAUUGUGAUCCAGAUACAGUUGACAAAUUUUCUUUAGGGCCGAAUGUAGAUAGUAUUUUGCUGCAAACAAAAGAGAUAUCGAAAAAAAUCAGCAAUUCUGAAGUUCGAUUAUCAUUUUAUUGGGCUGAAUUAUAUGUUACGUAUGUUUUUCCACAGAUACUUAAUUCGAGGAUUGAAGCUGACUGUGGAAAAAGCUGCAUUUUCUUAAUAAUAACGAGCAUAAUUACAAAGUUAGGAAACGGUGUCAACAUUUUCAUAAACAUUCCUAUUUCAGGUGUAUCUGGUAAAACUGAAAUAGUUGAUGAUAAUUUUUGCAUUCUUUUGCUAAAAGGCAUAAAUUUCAUCAACGAUUCUGAUUCCUUGAUUUUUCCUACUCACAAAUUACUAAAUUCUCUGAUCUCAUAUCACGGAAUUCCGAUUUCUACAUCAGAUGACCUGCAAUCUCCCCAAUUCAGCUUGGUCAGCACCUUCUUUGCUCCUUCCCACGAAACAGCUGUCAUUUUGGAUAGGAUCAGCAACAACGACGCGCUAAAUUACCAAGUGACUCGCUUAAUUAUAAAGAUGUUUUCGAUGAUCAACUCUUUCCCUGACCCUGUUGCAAAGAAGCAGAUGAUUGAGCAGCACAUCAUCAGAUCGCGAAUAUUCCUAGCUCAAUCAGCCGGAAUGGGCAGAAGCGCGAAAUUUAUCAUUGAACUAUCGCAAUCCCUUGUACAAUUGAAGAAACCAUUGUUUGCCAAAUUGUUAGUUCUGAUACUGAAUGUAAUUAGUGAUGUCUGCAUCACAGAUAUUGGGUCACUGUUCACUAUCUACUCAUGCAUGGAAAUGGCGAGCGAGUACUUGCAAGGAGACAACGAACUCAAGUCUGUUCUAGCGCAUAUAUCAGCCCAGCUUGCACUGAUUUCGAUGAAGUGCAUCUGCGGAGUUGAUUCGCACGCUUCGAACUGCGAUGUAUAUGACAACCACGUUCUGAGAGAACUUACUCUGUUUAUAAAUCCGGAAAAGGAAAAUUUGGACUCUUCACUGGAAUUUCCACCGAAUUAUUUCUUCCAACCGAAUUUAAACGCUAAAGAUGAAAACGCUCGCUUGUUUGUGUACAACUUCCUCGAAGUGUUCGGAGUCACUCGCCACCACUUCAUCAUUGCCAUCUUCGCAACCACAUGGCUCCAGGCAUUUAAAUUCCAAACGCCAACUGACUUGAGGUUCUUCUCAACGGACUUGGUGUCGCUCCUCCUCCAGGUCCUGCCUUCGCUCUCGGUCAGAGCAUUGCAAAUUAUAUCGGAAAUCGCUCAUGCUUCACAAAACGAGAAAUUUCAGAAAAAAUCAGCAGUGAAAUACUUAGUUUACUUAAUGGAGAUGAUGGGAUCCAAGGAAAAGGACAUAAGGGCUAUGGCCGCUCAGUGUGCAAUGACUUACUUCCUGUGUGGACAAACUCUGUCGUACAGCUUACUUCCGAAAAUUGUAGAUUAUUUGGAUAGUUUGCCAUCAUUUAGAGUGACACCAAUAGUCUGUAAUUUCAUAAUAUCAUGUAUCUCUAUUGCAAUUGCUUCCAAUAACAAAGAAAUGGAAAAUAAAAUAAUCAAAAUCUCUGGUAAGUGCUAUGUGACUGAAGAUAUGAUAACAAAUAUGAACAUAGUGCUUUCUGCAUCAAAGGAGGGAAGUACUGAGUUCCGGAAACGCACGAAUUCUUUCAUUGCGGAAUGGAAACCAUCAAAUUUCAUGUCUUGUUCACUUUUGCUGAGCUGUCCUUUCUUCUUUGACGAAAUUAACUCUUACAACAGCUUCUUCUUUGACAUAAUCAUCUCUUCGCUCGUAUGUUUUGUUUCCGAUCAGCAAAACUCGGAUCUAAAUUCUGACGCUGUGGCAGAAUUUAUCAUGACGAUUAUGUCAAAUAUCAAAAAUAUUUCCCAGCUCACAGACAAAAUCCAAGAUCUUUACAGCUUCUGCCAAGAGAUGAAUAUGAAUCUGGACAGAAUCACCGAUUCAUACGAUCAAAUGAUUUAUCUGUUCAUGAAAAGGAGAUCUCGAUCAUUUGUUAAUCAGAAUGAUGUUAUUGCGGCAUACACUAGCGAUAAAACCGAAGUAGUAACAGAUAGUAGCAAUUGUGUUACAGGAAAGAACCCCGAAAUGUCAUUUAAGUAUAAAAUAGAAGGAAGAGCCAAUAUGCUCUGCCAAAUGAUGCUUCAGCAAACAUUCGGCCAAACUGAAGAAAUAUGUAACUCUAUCAACUCAGUAACAAAAAAGGUGAUUACGGUAAUGAUCGAAACACCAAAAUCAAAGAGGCAAAAGCAGUUUGUUGAAAUGCUUGGUCAGAGAUUUGAUACGAAAAUAAUAAGAAAAACGCCUCUCCUUGACAUUGUUUUCGAUUUAAAUUUAGCUGAGUCCGAAUUUGCUGUCACUUUUUCACUUACCAAAAAUACCACUCGAAAUUUCCUUGAGAUUUCUAUCCUUCCUUGUGAAGGAAACUUCAUAAAUCUCAUGGUGAAAGGAGAAAAGAGCUUCAACUCCUUCUCUGAAAGGUAUAUUGUGUCAUUAAGAGAUGCAGUGUGUAUAACUCUGUCUUCUAUUUUGAUGACAUACCAAAAGCUUAAUUUUUCUAAAAAUGUAAACUAG